UACGUUGUUGUGGAUAAAAAUCUGUUUGUUUACAUGGGCUCUGACACAAAGAUCGUAACACAGAAGGUUCUUCAGAUAAUUGGCCUUGCCAACACUAUUUUUGCUCCGCUCAAGUUGACUCUUGUAAUAUCAUCAAUUGAAAUCUGGUCAAAUAAGAAUAAAAUUCCUACGGUAGAGCAACCUCAUCUUACUUUAUUUCGAUUUUUAGAGUGGAGAAAGGACUAUCUUAAAUAUCAGUCACAUCAUUUUGCAUUUUUAUUUGCACUUGGGAAACAGCAUGCCCUUCUAGGAGCCUCGCUUCCAGGGAAAAUAUGUGACAAGGAAUUUGCGGCAGGAGUUGCUCUGUAUCCAAAGAGGUUUUCCCUGGAAUCGUAUACUAUCAUUAUCGUGCAGUUGCUUGGAAUUAGUUUGGGAUUAAAUUAUGACAGUGAUGACAGCUGCUACUGCUCAGGAGAUGUUUGCGCAAUGAUGCCAAAAGCAAUAUUUUCAAGGGGUAUUAAGGAUUUUAGCACCUGCAGUUUGGAUGACUUUAAAUCUAUCACUUCACACUCUGACGCUCAAUGCCUCUCGAACAGUAAUUACAGUCCUUUUGAAAAGCCAUUUUACAAACAACAAAACCCACAGAGAGUGUGUGGCAAUAAUAUAAUUGAACAAGGGGAACAAUGUGACUGUGGCACUGCAGCGAACUGUACACAUAAAGAUUGCUGCGAUCCAAGAACUUGUACAAAGAUAAGUGGCAAAGACUGUGGCUCUGGAGAAUGCUGUACAAAAGGUUGCAAGGUAAAACCACGGGGUGUGUUGUGCAGGGAUGUCAAAGAUAAGCAGUGUGACUUCCCGGAGUAUUGCAACGGGGAGAGCCAUAUCUGUCCACGGGACACUUACACGCGCAAUGGGGAGCACUGCGAGGACGGUGACGCUUUCUGCUAUGAGGGGCUAUGCAACACUGCCACAAAACAGUGUAAAAAGUUAAUUGGAGGCGAUACUAGAGGUGCUCCAUUUCCGUGUUAUGAUGAAGUAAAUGCCAGAGGAGACAGAUUUGGAAACUGUGGCAGAGAUCCUUGUAAUUAUCCAGAUUUGCUAUGUGGCAAACUAGUUUGUAUAUGGCCACACAAGUCAUUUGUAUUACGUACAAAUUUAUCUGUAAUUUACACACAUCUAUAUGACGAAAUGUGUGUAUCAACAUAUAAACCAGCUGCCAGACCACAAGAUCAACCUACUCUCACAACAUACAACACAGCACAGGACAGAGAUGAAACAUUUGUGUCUGACGGCACCAUCUGCGGUCCUAAUAUGAUAUGUAUCAACUUUGCUUGUAGAGUAGUCAAUUCACUGCACAAUACAAAACUUUGUGAAAUGUCGGACCAUUGUGGUGGUAACGGGAUUUGCAACAAUUUUAAUCACUGCCAUUGUAAGAAAGGAUUUGCUCCUCCUAACUGUACAGCAAAACCAGGAGAGUUUGGCAGUGUUGAUGACGGUCAUUUCCAGGCAGGCGGGAGAAGUGAUAUUGUUGGAAGGCAUGCUGUUUUUAAAAAAAAACAGUUGCAUCUCAUUUUAUAUAUUUCCCUGCCUGUGUUUAUAAUUGUUGGAGCUGUCUUACUGAAACAGAAUAAAAUAAAAGAGAUAUGGUACAGAGGAGAUACUGAAAGUGACGGAAGUGACAGGUCAAAAACAGAAGAAAGCGGCUCCUCCAUUUCACACGACAAUCUCUCACCACCUUGAAUGUUAAUCCGAGGAGCAGAUGCUUACCAGUGCAGCAUCAGAAAUGACCUAAAUCAAGAAAAAAAAAAAAGUUUAA